UCGAAAGCUAGAAGUUCUCAACAGUUUCAGAUUGCUGACGCCAGUCGGGGAGUUAAGUAGUGCAUUAUCGACGGACAUUAUUACUAAAAAAUUGCGUAUAUAUUUGAAAAAAGCACUUAGACCGGUUUUUAACGUUCGCUUUGCUUUGCGUCGUCUGAAGAAUAUUGAUAACACGCUUCACUUAGCUCGCCAUGACCGAAACGUUCUUUGUAGGUGUUGAUAUAGGCACGGGCAGUGCCCGUGCUGCACUGGUCGAUUUGAAGGGAAAGGUAUUGAAGCAGUGUGUGAAACCAAUACAGACUUGGAAUCCCGAGCGCGAUUACUAUGAACAAUCAUCCGAGGAUAUUUGGAGUGCAGUGUGUCAUUGUGUGAAGGAAGUCACAAAGGAAACCACGAAGGAAAGCAUAAAAGCUAUCUCUUUUGAUGCCACCUGCUCCUUGGUGAUAUUGGGCGAAAAUGGUGAAUCUCUCACUGUCAGUCGCACCGGCAAAAGCGAACAGAAUAUCAUAUUGUGGAUGGAUCAUCGUGCACAUGCCGAAGCCACGCUUAUUAAUGCAACCAAACACGAGCUGUUGCAGUAUGUCGGCGGACAGGUAUCACUGGAGAUGGAAAUACCGAAAUUAUUGUGGUUGAAAAAGAAUCUACAAAGUACAUGGAGUAAAGUCUGGCGCGCCUUUGAUCUGCCCGAUUUUCUUACAUGGCGCAGCACAGGCGUUGACACGCGCUCGCUGUGUUCGGUGGUUUGCAAAUGGAAUUACGAUGCUAUGAAUAUGCGUUGGAGCGCAGAUUUUUUAAAGCAGAUCGGUUUGGAUGAUUUAUGCGCAAAUGAUUUUGAAAUAAUUGGACAGCGCAUCUGUGAGCCGGGUUCGGCGGUGGGCGCAGGUUUAACAGCGCAAGCUGCCAAAGAGCUCUCACUACUGCCUGGUACAAUCGUUGGUACCUCGCUAAUUGACGCACAUGCCGGUGCGUUGGGCAUGUUUGGUUGUCGUGCCGCAUUGGAGGCGAGUGAUAAGCCACUGGAAGCGGCAUUGGAGAAUCUCCAAGGCAAAUUAGCGCUUAUAUGCGGCACAUCCACCUGCCACAUGAGCUUGACACGCGAGCCCUGCCUGGCACAUGGGGUGUGGGGUCCUUACCGCGGUGCCAUACUGCCGAAUUACUACCUUAACGAAGGUGGUCAGAGCGCUGCUGGUAUAUUAUUGGAUUUCAUUGUAAAAACGCAUACAAAAUAUGCCGACAUACAAGCGAAAUUAGGCAAAAAUGAGCACAUAUAUCAAUAUUUAAAUAAUCUAUUGGAGAAGAUGCGUUUGGAACGCGGUUACGAUGAUAUUUGCUUUCUGACCAAUGAAUUGCAUGUUUGGCCCGAUUUUCAUGGCAAUCGUUCGCCUAUCGCUGAUCCCAAUUUGAGGGGCAUGAUAUCGGGUCUCAAUAUGAACGCCGAUGAGGAGUCGUUGGCGCUCUUAUAUUUGGCAUUUGUACAAGCAUUAGCUUAUGGCACCCGUCACAUUAUUGAUAACCUCGUCGAGAAAUAUAAACGUGUGCCCUACAGCAGUAUGCUGUUUUGUGGUGGCCUAGCUAAGAACAGCGUGUAUGUACAAGCACACGCUGAUAUCUGUCAAUUAGCCGCUGUGAUACCAGAUGAGCAGGAAAUGGUAUUGGUCGGCGCCGCCAUGUUGGGCGCAUGUGCCGCUAACGUUUAUGGAAAUUUAGAGGCUACUUCGAAGGAAAUGGGCGGCACUGGUGUACUGUUAAAACCGAAAAAAUCCACUGCGGACUAUCACAAUCGCAAGUAUCGAGUGUUUCUGCAAAUGCUUGAAGAUCAACGCAAAUACAAACAAAUAAUGGAAAAGUAAAACCGUUAUAAUAAAGGCUUAACAAUUUAAUUUUGUUUUUAUGCAUUUAUUGUACCGUUUUUUGUUCAAUAUUGUACCUACAUAACGGCACAUUACUACUACACACAUUUGUUUGUACCUUAAUACCUUCCAAAGAUUUUAUAAAUUGUUACUAUGCCAUGAACUAAUUAAUUAUUAAAUAAAUUAAGUUUUGUUACAUUUGUUGCAACAAGUCAAAAAGUUGUGCCCGUA